AUGGAACCAGAUGAAAAAUAUGCUUUCAAAUACAAAGGAUUUUAUUUCCAGCCAGAUUUGGUUUCAGUGGAGUACUUGGAUACCCUGGAGGAUUUUGAAAUAAGAGACAGUGAUGUAUUUUUAGUCACUUAUCCAAAGUCAGGUAAGAGUGCAUUUUCAUAGGACGAACUAUGAUUGCUAUUCAACCAUGAUGGAUACCCACAUAUAUGUAAAUAGUAUCCAUAUUAUACUAAGGCGAGUUUAAAACCAAAUGCAAAAUUGAGGUGAAUAUGGGUAGUGUAGAACUUACCUGGUUGCAUAAAGAAGAACCGGGUCAUGUUUGUUUGUUUUUUAAAAAUAGGAAAUAAUGUGUUUUCCACCGGUGUCAACCUGUUUGAGGUUUUGAAAACAACAUAAAUACACAUCAAAAACAUUCAAAUGUGCUUGCGAAGGGUUUAUUGUAUUUACUGACUUUCAGGAUUUUGUAUGUGGCUGUAAAAUAGUGUUUGUAAAAUUCUAUUCUUAAAAAGCUUUCAUCCCAUGACUCUUUAUUUCAGCAUUUAUCUGCCACAACUUUGCCAGUAUCAGGGGGGGGGGGGCAUAUCCAAUGCAGUUGUGCCCUACAUGCAAUAACUCCCACUUCCACACCAGAACCUCCUUCACUCUUCUCUCUCCUUGUGUUCCCAGUGUUCCCCAAAUCUGCCUUGGAGGAUUGGUGGGGUAGGGAAGACCCAAUAACUGGGAGUGGGAGAGGAGAGAGAGGGGAGAUUCUGCAUUGUACAGGCAUUUAGGACUUGGGUGACAUGAAGAAAGGCUUCUGCAACUGCCUUUUGCCUAUUAUGUUUGUUUCACUGGCCAUUUGUCAAUAUUCCUGUUCCUAGAAUGCAUUGAUAAAAAAUCAUGGUUUGAAUCCACUGAAUCAAAGUACUUUGGAGAACAGACAACUUUCUUUUAAUUUCCUGGUCUUUGACUGUCAUUUGUAUAAUGUUCUGAGAAGAAUCUGGAAUAGCGUUUUUGGUAGCUUGCUAAAAAAGAAAAGAACUUAUUAGCAAAUAUUGUUCUGUCUUACGAAUUCCUCGAUGCAGAGACAUGUUGUUCUCAGUUAUUUCACUCUGCAAAGUACUAACUACAUUCAUGACAAUGAAUGAAUGAAAUAGGCUUAUUCUUGUUUAUAGGAACAAUAUGGACUCAAAAUAUUUUGAGCUUGAUUUAUCAUGAAGGUCACCGAGAUGGAACUGAAAAAGUGGAUUUACUAGACAGAGUUCCAUGGCUGGAGUACAAGCUCCGCGAUGUGGAUUACAUCAGUCGUCCAUCACCUCGCCUCUUUGCUUCCCAUGUCCCCUACUAUUUAGCACCCAAGGGAUUAAGGAACAGAAGAGCAAAAGUAGGAAAUGGCACAUUUAUUAUUUGAUCAAAUUAAACGUUUGUCUUGUCUUAUUUAAAUUAACAUCUGGGUUUCUGUUAACAUUUCUCCGUUUCUGAGAGGGCACUCCUGCAGACACCUAAUGCGUGCCACAUGAACUUCUCUCCCUACGACUGGAAGCGGGCUUAUUACAGCAUCAAAAAGGGAAGUGUGGCCAAGAACCCAUGCAGCACUUGGCUAAGACUUAGAAUAGACUCCGGUUGGACUACUUCUUCUGAGGCUUCUUGACAAAUGCCAGUCUAGUUGGCUGAAGGCAUUCUCAGAUAACUUGGCCACAUAUGAAGUCUCUCCCAGAGUAUUUAUUAAGUUCAGAAAGGGGAAGGGCCAAGAAUCUAAUUAAAGAAGCAUAAGCUCAGGACAUUGGAAGCCCAAAAUGACUUUAGUCAACUUCCGAUAACUUAUAAACUCCCAUUCGACUCCCAAAGCCCCCAUUUAGCAAACUAUCUCAAAGUUCUACAUAAUGCUAAACACCGAUGGGCAUUUACCAGGGCCCGCUUUAACGCUCUCCCUUCAGCUCUUCUAGAGGGAAGAUACAACAAAAUACCGAUCGAACAAAGAUUAUGUCUCUGUAACAGCAACGAAAUUGAAACCCUCGGGCAUGUUGUUCAAAAUAAAUUGCUUCUAUACCAUUUAAGAAAGUCUGACUGAAGUCCAUCAUUUCAAUCAUUUUUUUCAAGAGACAUUAUCAAAUGCCUUCUCUGCAUCAACAAACAUCAGUGCCGCCUGUCUUUCAUCCAUGACCUCUAGAUACUCAAUCACAUCUAUUAUAUUUCUUAUGUUAUUUUUCAUCUGUCAGCCAGGUAGAAAACCAGCUUGAUCCUGACAGCAACGGAGUUCAAAUUGCAAACAUCGAAGGAACGAUAAUAAACAGUAGUGACAUUUGAAUUGAAUCCUUAAAACCUUAAAAGUCGAAACUUGGUCAUAAACAUAAGUACCAAUUUUGUGAUUUGGCCAUAUCUCCACUGUUAUCUGUAGUACAAUAGUACUUAUAUUGCCAUAUUUUAUUUAUAAAUUGCUUUCUGGUCAUUGACCGUAUUAAAGAUAUUUGAUAUUGUUAUAUCCUUCAGGUCAUCUAUUAUUUUUCUAUCAACUUCAAGCUUGAAUAUAACAUUAAUUUCUUGUUUUCUCUUUAACUGCCAUGAUAAUUAUUUCCCUGGUUUAUUUGCAAAUUCAAAAUUCAUUUAUCUUAAUUUUUUUAUUUUCCAUUCUAUUUCUUGGUACACUAGCAUAGAAAAUUGUGUUUUUAAUCUCUUUAUAUUUUGUUUUAUUUCUUCUUUCUUAGGAUCUUUUUUCUUCACAUCUUUUUCUUCACAUCUCUCACCUUCUUUUGAUAACCUCCAUCUUCUUGUUGGAUUUUGUUCACCUCUUAAUUCCAAAUAAACCGGGUUAUUGUCUGAAAAAGUCAUUGGUUUUAUUUCUGUCCAUUUUGAUUUUGGCACUAAGUCAUCUGAGAUCCAAAUUAAGUCAAUUCUUCUGGCAGAUUGAGAACGGUCUGAAAUGUGAAUGUAUUCUCUAUCAUAUACAUGUUUGAGUAGUAAUGAACCUUAUCAGUUCCUUGACAAGUUCACAGAUCCCUUUCAUCUUUCUGUUCAGCUGGAGAUAACUACGAAGUCGUACUUCCAAUUAAAUUAAAUUAAAUUCCAAGUCCUUUUAGCAUUUUCCAGUUCAGCCCAUAAAUAAUAAAGGAUAUGGAAAAGACAGCUCUAAGUUUCCAUCGUAAAUCUUUUGCAAAACAGAGCUUCCCUCUCUCUUUCCAUUUUUCUUCUUCACACACAGUUCCAUUUAAUUUUGUAUUCCAUAUCAACAAUCCAGUGUCCUCCUUCCUCACUUGCACAUAUAUAAAUUGGACUAGCAUUCAAGGGAGGGUUGCCAUAUCAUAAAUGUAAAGAAAUAAAAAACUUUGUAUAAAGAAGACGUAGGCUCCUCCCCACUGUCUUUUGCACCGAAUGAAGUCUUCUCUCAAGUUCAAACCUUGAUGACCUUGCAAUUGAUUCCGUUCUGCAGUUUGUAAUCUCAUCUCAUCUCUUCUAGCACAUGCCUAUACAUUAGUCCAAAUUAAGCUCUCAUUAACAGGAGAACCUCUGCUUCUUAAUGGCGUUAUAGAAGGAUUAUCAGCAGGUGAAGUGCUUUUGCACCCAACAAAUCCCUGCCUCUAGCAUUCCAUGCAGGAGCGGGAGUCAGGUACCGAGACGAACUGCGAGUGAAGCCUGGGGAAUAUGCAAGGAUAAUAACCCUCAAUCAUCAUUGUUUUUCCCUCUGCAAUGAUCUCCCGCUCUCUUGAGAGCUGCUUCAAGGCAGACAGGAUCCGGAAGCUUAAAAUGAAUCUCUUUUGUCCCUUCAUCCUUAUCUCCUUUGACAACAGAUUAAAGAAAUUCUCUGUGUGGUAAGGAACGUUUUCAGAAUGCCAUGUCUGAUGCCAUAGGUUACUCUGAGGAAAUUCCACAUCCAUCACAAAGAGUCUCCAACUCAGACUCCAACUACACCAUUUUAUGCCACUGAUGAAUGGUGCCCAUUGAAGCAGAAGGAAGGGUGUAGAUCUGGCCAACUCCCAAAGGAAAUCAGUUGGAUUUAUAUUCUCUUUGCAUCAGGAUGCAGCAGCUACAAAUCAUUACAAGGUGGAGCCCCUAAUCCUUAAUCAAGUGUAGAGAUUCGUGUCAAGUUAUAACUCAGAAAACCAGACCAUGUCUCCUAAAUGUUGCAAGUAUUAACUGCCACACCAUAUAAGGAAACUGGCCGUGUGGGAAGGGAGGGAGCUGGAGGAAGGCUGGACUGAUCUCAGCCCACCCAUCACUCUCUCAUCACAUUGGGAUGGGAAGCACUGCAGGCAGCCUUAAAAUGCAGAACUCUUCUGCAAAUUCCUUCUCUGAGAAAGUGUUUGGUGAGGGUGGAUGGUAUUAAUUCAGCUUCUCUUUAAUGGUUUGUACCACUGCUGGUUCUUAAAUUGAUUCCUCUAAAUUGUUUUAAUGGAAUUUAUAUGUUUGUACUGCUUUUCUCUGAAUGUUUUUCAAAAAAAUCACCUGAUCUACAUUUUAUGCCAAAUCAAUCUUUCCCAUCAGUACUUGCAAGUUUAUGGCUGGACCAUGUGGAAGGCUGGUACACUCACAAGGAUGACUUCAAUAUUCUAUUUCUUACCUAUGAAGAAAUGAAGAAGGUAAGUUAUCAAAAUGCUAUCCAGUCUGAUAUUAAGCAUCCUUCAAAACUCUCCUUUACAAAAUGGAGGAAGGAAGCAAUUUGAUUAUUCAAGUGCCCUCAGCUGCUGCUUCCCCUGCUAGUCUCAUCUCCUUUCUAAAGGUUUUUUUAAAAAGACUAGCGGGCCAUGGACUCAGGAGCCGCUUUUCAGACCCCAGACUGCGAAAAGUGCACUUUAACCAUUUCCCCUGCAGGAUUACGGGGCGAUAAAUAAAGUGUCGUGAUCCCAAGCAAGAUAUGUCCUUUCACAGGCCCUCAGAUGCUGAGGAGAGAUGUCACAGAACCUCCCUUGUGUCUUCAACAGGGACAUUUAUUUAUUUACUUGUGGAUUCAGAGCUGCCCCAGAAUAUAAUGAUUCUGCAUGGCUCAUGGAAUAAAAGCAACAAUGAAAGUACAAUAUAAUGCAAUGGCAAUUAUUACAAACUAGGCAAAGAAAGAUCCAGGCUGCUUGUUUCCCCUGCUUGUAAUCCUGAGAACGGGGCCUGACAGGCCUCUGUACAGCACAGAGGGUUCUUUUUAAAAUGUUUUUAAAUUAUUCUUUUAUCCUUUUAAAUUCUUUUUUUAGCUUAAAUGUUUAGUUGCCGUUAGGGAUUUGCUUAAAUUUAGUAUGAGUGUCGUUUAUUAUAAUUAUUUUAGUUUCUAUUGUUUUAUUGGUUUUUUGUUUAGUUUGUAUUUUGUUUUUAAGGGGCAGGGUCAAGGCUGCCUGGGAGUGGGCCCCCGCCAACAGAAUGGCUGGGGCAGGUUCCGGGGGGGUGGGGUGGUGGUGUACUGGGACAACUGAUCUCAGUGAUUACGGGUAGGAGGAGGAGUUACGCUAAGACCAGACCAUGUCAUUAGAGAGGAAGCAGAUUUAGUUGCUGUUUGAGGACUAUUCCUGCCUCCAGGUCUGGUCUUGACCAGAUGGAUACUGGAAUCAGCAAAGGAUACCCACAUGACCUGAAGGUGCAGCUGUGCAAUGCCAAGUCAAUGAUUCACAAGACCACUGCCAUCCAUGACUUGAUCGUGGAUGGAGGACUUGAUCUGACAUGUGUGACAGAAACUUGGUUGGAUGAAGCAGAUGGUCCUGUUCUUGCCGCUGCUUGCCCACCAGGUUUCUCUUACGCACAGCAACCCAGGUCAUGGGGGGGGGGGGUUGCGACCUCCCUGCUGCACCAAGGAUUCGCUGCCCAAGCUGCUUCAGGUUGUGGUGGAUGUUCUCCUGGAGACACCUGGUUUGGUUGUCCUGGGGGAUUUAACAUCCACAUCGACAGGACCUUACAAGGGGCCGCUCAGGACUUUGUGGAAAGCAUGGCCUCCAUGGGGCUGUCCUUAAAUAAGUUUGGCCCAACUCAUAGUCGCAGACAUGCCUUAGACCUGGUGUUCACCUCUAUGGAUGUGGGUGACCUGACACUAAGUAAAAGCGAAACAAAAGAAGUGCCAUUGUCAGAUCACUUCCUGGUGCAACUGGACUUCUCCGUGACCUCUGCAGGGAGGUGGGACCGAUUCAGAUAGUCCGCCCCCUGCACCUAAUGGAUCCAAAUGGUUUCCAGAGAGUGGUAGGGGAUGUUUUAUCCCAUGUUGAUGGCCUUUCAGCUGAUUCCCUGGUGGCCCGCUGGAAUGCUGAGCUAACCAAGGGUAUUGACUGUCUAGCUCCGAAGCGCCCUCUCCGAUUGCAUGGAGCCUGGACAGCCCCUUGGUUUUCCCCAGAGCUGAGGGCGAUGAAACAAUCACUGAGAUGGCUAGAGCACUGGUGGCAGAAAACUCACUCUGAAUCUGAGCGGAUACAGGUUAGAGCUCAACAUUGAGUCUACCAAGUGGUGACAGCGACGGCGAAGAGGCCCUUCUUCACUGUCUCUGUUGCAUCUGCAGAAAACAGCAGCAGGAGACUCUUUCAGGUGGUUCACAAUUCAAUGGAACCAUCUCUGCCAUCAGGGCCCGGUAAAGGCCCCAAUAUCUUCUGCAAUGACUUUGCAAAGUACUUUGCAGAUAAAGUCUCUCAGAUUCAGAAUGAGGUAGACGCCACAGUGGGAGCAGGGCCGGGGCGUGAGAGUGCUAGAGUCCUGUCUAGUCAAGUUGUAUGGGAUCAAUUCCAAUCUGUUACCUCCGAGGAUGUGGACAAGGAUGUGGAUGAGUGAAACCAACCACCUGUCUACUUGAUCCUUGCCCAUCCUGGCUAAUAAAAGCGAGCUGCGAAGGGCUGGGCAAUGGGCUCUGCAAGGUGAUGAAUGCUUCCCUCGGUGAGGGAGCCUUCCCAGACCCACUGAAAGAGGCAGUCAUAAAGAGGCAGUGGUUGCUGAACAACUCCAGGCACACCUGGAGGAUGCGGACCAUUUGGAUCCCUUCCACUCAGGAUUCAGACCUCAUCAUGGGACUGAAACUGUCUUGGUCACACUGGUCAAUGAUCUCCAGUGGGCUAGGGACAAAGUUGAAAGCUGUUUCCUAGUUCUGCUGGAUCUCUCAGUGGCCUUUGAUACCAUCUACCACGGCAUCCUUCUGGACUGUCUAGAGGGGCUGGGAGCUGGGGGGCACUGUUAUACAGUGGUUCCGCUCUUUCUUCCUGGGCCGUAUUCAGAAAGUGGUAUUGGGGGAUGUGUGUUCAGACCCUUGGGCUCUCACUUGUGGAGUGCCUCAGGGUUCCGUCCUCUCCCCCAUGCUUUUUUAAUGAAGCCGCUGGGAGAGAUCAUCAGGGGGUUUGGGCUGGGUGUUCAUCAGUAUGCGGAUGAUACCCAGCUCUAGCUCUCUUUUAAAUUGGAACCAGUGAAGGUGGUGAAGGUCCUGUGUGGGUGUCUGGAGGUGGUUGGAGGAUGGAUGGCGGCUAAGAGAUUGAGGUUGAAUUGUGACAAGACAGAAGUACUGUUUUGGGGGGACAGGGGGUGGGUAGGUGUGGAGGGCUCCCUGGUCUUGAAUGGGGUAACUGUGCCUCUGAAGGAUCAGGUGUGCAGCCCAAUUCUGUGUCCAGGGCUGAGACCCUACCUGCCCUUGGACUGCCUUGCCAGAGUGGUGCAUACUCUGGUUAUCUUCUGCUUGGACUACUGCAAUGUGCUCUACGUGGGGCUACCUUUGAAGGUGACCCGGAAACUACAACUAAUCCAGAAUGCGGCAGCUAGACUGGUGACUUGGAGUGGCCGCCGAGACCACAUAACACCGGUUCUGAAAGACCUACAUUGGCUCCCAGAACGUUUCCGGGCACAACUCAAAGUGUUGGUGCUAAUCUUUAAAGCCCUAAACGGUCUCGGCCCAGUAUACCUGAAAGAGCAUCUCCACCCCCAUCAUUCUGCUCGGACACUAAGAUCCAGCCCGAAGGACCUUCUGGCGGUUCCCUCACUGUAAGAAGCGAAGUUACAGGGAACCAGGCAGAGGGCAUUCUUGGUAGUGGCACCCGCCCUGUGGAACGCCCUCCCAUCAGAUGUCAAAGAAAUAAACAACUAUCUGACUUUUAGAAAACAUGUGAAGGCAGCCCUGAAGCUUUUAUUGUUUGAUUAAUUAUUGUAUUUUAAUAUUUUGUUGGAAGAUGCCCAGGGUGGCUGGGAAAACACAGCCAGAUGAGCAGGUUGUUGUUGUUGUUGUUGUUGUUGUUGUUGUUGUUGUUGUUCUGCCUGUUCCAUGAGUUUUAGUCACUAGGCUGUCAGGUUUCUCUAUUGUGGAUGGCUUGACAUUUAAACCACGUUCCAUUUCAGGAUCUAAGAAGCUCUGUAUUGAAAUUAUGCAACUUCCUGGGAAAGAGACUGACGGAAAAGGAGGUGGAUGCUGUUGUGGAUCAGGCUACAUUUAAUAAAAUGAAAGCAGAUCCCAGGGCAAACUAUGAGUUCUUGCCAAAUGAUUUAAUAGACCACAGCAGAGGGCAUUUUCUUCGCAAAGGUAAGUCAGUGGCAGAUCAAACUCACUUAGUGCGGCUUGCAGAAUUCCCGACAGAUUCACUUGGCACCUACUAUGACAUUUGAUAGCUACCAAGUAAUAGUGAUUUCAUUUUUUCCAGUCUUCAUGAAACUCUCAGUUUCUGGUGUUUCCUAAUUUUAUAGUUGGUCUAUUAUGUACUUUCUCUGUUGUUUUUUCCUUCUUCUAAAUAUGUAUAUUUAAGGGUGACGUAGUUGUCUUUCCAAUCUGCAGUGUGGAAACUUUUUCACACAGAGGGUCAUAUUCCCAACUAGGGAUGGAAUAUAUCUGGAGUUAUGGAUAUUUAUUUGACCACCACAAUGCACGUUCUUUCUGUUUGCUUCCUGGGCCAGGCACUGUUGGAGACUGGAAGAACAUGAUGACAGUCGCACAAAAUGAAAGAUUUGACAGUGUUUUUAAGGAGAGAAUGGAAAAGCUGCCCUUCAAGUUCUGCUGGGACAUCAAUGAGGAAUCAUGAGCCCAUCUUUAGCUUGGAAGGAUGAAAUAAAGUGAACUGUAUGCAUUUAAUCCAGGCCUAUUUGUAAGAGUUAGGGGUAAAAACAUCUCAUGUGGCUUAAUAGCGUCCUAAUGCUUGAAUAUGUGUAAUAUUUCUUUAAAAAACAACAACACUAGAAUACAAUUACAUUUGUACUGUAAGCCUCUUCUCUUUCUGCAUUCCAACAUGUCUUAAUUUUUGACUCCAUAUGCAACAGUCAAGGAAUCCCAAACUAACUAUUGGGAUUAGUAACUGUAUUAUAAUUUGGCACUGUUUUAAUGAAGCUACUACUGGAUUAUUGUAAUUGAAAAUUAAUAAAAUUAUUGUUAAAAAAACCUAACUAACUAUUGGUGUUGCAGAUGCAAAUGGAAAUCAGACGAGUCAUUCAAGUCAUUUAUUUAUUUAUUGUUGGUGGAAUUCCACUUCACACUCUUCCAGUUGUUCUCUCAGGACAAACAUUUCAGUCUACCAGAUGACACAACCCCUCCCCCUCACCUUCCUUUACCUCUGCACUGUUCUUGGGGUUCUCCUUACCCUCACAGAGUCAUUUUUGAGGGUGCGUUAGGAAUAUGCGGGGAGGAGAAGUGGGGAAAAUGGACAGUGUAUGUUUGAUGCCCAUAGCAAUUUCCUUCAUGGGUUAGAUUGAAAAGGGGGAAUUUCCAUCGGGAUCAUGGAGCAGAGAGAAAGGGUUAAAGCAAAUUUUGGGGACUGGAGGAGGUGAAAUGAGAACCCCAAGAAGCAUCUGAGUCCAGGGAGGAGGCCAGUAGUAGAGAAAUGUUCUGCCCUGUAACAUUGGACACCUCAAGCCGGACACCUCCUGCUGUGGAACAACCUUGGUGACUCUUCCAGUCAGCAAGAAGCCUUCUCCUUCAGGGGAGGAAACUAGAGUAAAUUCAAUGCUAAGCCAUUGGCAACACUGCCGCCAUCUCCUCCAAGGACACAAAGAUGCCUGUGCCAGUGCAAAAAAUCCUUGCAGACCCAACACACCUGUAGGGAUGCCUGUUUGCUUGCUUGUCUCCUUAGAGAGCUUAGGCCCCAGGUAUUCUUGGAACAGGGCCCAGGCAUUGGAAAUAUCAAGGGAAAAGGCUGCACUUUGCCAUGUCCUGAAGGUCUAGGAAAAUUUAGCCCAGGGUCCAACCUAGGCCUGAGAGCAGCAAUCAAACACAUUUGGCCCUGGGCAAGGUCUCAGGAGCUCAGAGGGGCACAUCACUAGUCCCAGCCUGGCCCCACUGCCCAUCUCUGAGAGACUGGGCUGGAGCUGACAGCAAAGCAGUGAAGAAGCCCUCUGCAUCCUACCCCCACAAUCUAUGUCAAGAAAGACUUCUUAUGCCAUCUUGUUGCAUGCCACCCCAAUUUUGAGCAGUGCAAGAUCCCAGCGGUUCCAAGUGCUCUUUCUCUCAAAAAGGGUAUGUGACUAUUCCAUGUUUGGGAGACAUUACACUAAAAGAAGGUGCAUGUUGAUCUUGGAACCUCCCAAUAAAGGUGCCGGAUUCUGUGCAGCAACUAAGGAUGGCAUUUUGUGACAACCUGGCGUUACAACUAUCUAUUUGACCACCACAGUGCCAGGCACUCUUGGAGACUGGGAAAACAUGAUGGCCAUUGCAAAAAAAUGAAAGCUUUGAGAGUGUUUUUCAGGAGCAGAUGGAAAAGCUCCUCUUCAGGUUCUGCUGGAACAUCAAUGGUGAACUGAGUCUGCUUCCAGCUUGAGAAUAUUUAUACAAACUUUUUCUCUGUCUUGCAUGUGUGUACCAAUUGUCCACACAAUUGGUACACACAUGCAUUGGUACACACAAGGGAUGCGGGUGGCGCUGUGGAUUAAACCACAGAGGCUAGGACUUGCAGAUCAGAAGGUCAGCGGUUCGAAUCCCCGCGACGGGGUGAGCUCCCGUUGCUCGGUCCCUGCUCCUGCCAACCUAGCAGUUUGAAAGCACAUCAAAAGUGCAAGUGGAUAAAUAGGUAGUGCUCCGGCGGGAAGGUAAACGGCAUUUCCGUGAGCUGCUCUGGUUCGCCAGAAGUGGCUUAGUCAUGCUGGCCACAUGACCCGGAAGCUGUAUGCUGGCAGCCUUGGCCAAUAAAGCGAGAUGAGUGCCGCAACCCCAGAGUCGGUCACGACUGGACCUAAUGGUCAGGGGUCCCUUUACCUUUACCUUACCAAUUGUCCAGAUCUUGAGAGAUUUGCUGCAGUCCAUCUAAAGCUGUGUUGGAACCAAGCAAGCAGUAUUCUCAAUAGAGUUCCUUGCUUAGGUCCUUCUCUAGAACAGGAUGUGCAUGUGUUAUAGUAUCUGUCAAUCCAUGUGUUGCAAAUAAUUGGCCAAGAGCUGUGAUUGUUGGAACAGAUGUUUGUGAUUAUUUGAAGGCAUUUUUCGUAGAACUAUUGCAGGCAAGAAGUAAUUUCCUUGUAAUGGUCCUACAAAACCAAAAUGGAUACUUGAUCAUUUCCCUGGUGAAGAUAAGUCACUUUGGUGGGUUACACCAAAUUGCUGGGUAUGCAUAACUGUGUGAUAUAGUAUAAUUUCAGAGCUGUAGAAAAAGUAACGUAAAAAUUACAAGAGCAAUUUUAUUGUAUGCUGCAUGUCAUUUACUCACCUUUGGCCCCUGAAGAAUGCUUGUACAAUUAGCAAUCCAUGUGUUGCAAAUAAUUGGUGGAUAAUCUUGAUUGCUGGAAAAGAUAUUUAUUUUUAUGGUACUGAAUAAUCUCUUUGAAAGCUUCAUUCCUAAACAAAUUUAUUAUGAGGGAAAGUCUUAUUGAGCACAUUUGGCUUUAAUUCAGAGGACAGGGCUGCUUAUCGCUCCCUCACCUCACUCCCUUGGAGAAAGGUUGUGCAAGAAGAGUGACAAAGUCUGAUUCCAGAGGAACUCAUCUUACCCCAAGGGUCAUAAACUUUGCAAUGAUUAAUCAGAAUUCAAGCCCACACCAGCCUAUAGGAAAAAAGCUGCACCUUCAUACUGCAUGUCAAUUCAAGGCAGUGAAGUUUGACAAGAGACAAGUGCACCCAGAAUGUAUUCCUUGCAUUGUUUGACACACAUUCUCCUCCCUGUCAUUCACUGAGCAAACACAAUCACAUCUGCUCAGGUAAAUUGGACACAAAGAUGGAUUUGAAACGCAAAUUCUGCUGGGAGCACAACAAAGGGUUAUGCCAAAGGCAGGUUUCUAAGUCUCCUCAUGAGUGUGUGGUGGUGCCCACCUGGUAUCGUCAUGUUUCAAACGGAGGCAGCCCUUUUGGGGGGCCAGGGGCACUAUCAGCAGGGCUCCCCAAAAAACCCCUGGCCCCUACAAUGGCUCAGCAGCAAACCGCAGAUAACAACCUCCUUUGCUUGGCUUUCACUCCCAUCAAAUUUUCCUCCCUGUGUCAUAUGUUAAACAUUUAUCCUAAUAAGGAAGCAGCCUCCUAUUUGUGGCAUGGCUUUUCUCAGGGUUUUAGAAUACUCUUUCGAGUACUGUCAGGUACUCUUACAGCUAAAGAUUCUCCAAACCAAAAAUCUGUGAGGGAAAUGCCAGAGUUUGCCAGGAAAAAAGAUAGAAAAAGAGGUCAAGGCAGGCAGGUGGCAGCCCCUUCUUUAACUCCCCCCUCAAAAACCUUCACAUUUCACCUUUAGGCAUCGUGCCAAAAAAGACUCCAGGGGAAUUCAGGCUGAUUCAUAACCUGUCCUAUCCAAAAGGGGGUUCAGUUAAUGAUACUAUACCCCCCGAACUUUGCUCCGUUAAAUAUACCUCAUUUGAUCAGGCUGUCAAACUUAUUCGCAGUUUUGGGCAGGGGGCUCUUUUGGCAAAGUGUGACAUUGAAUCAGCCUUCCGAUUAUCGCCAGUUCACCCUAGCAAUUUCCAUCUUCUUGGCUUUCAGGGUGGAUUUUGUUGUGUAUUGAGUCAAAGGAUUUUAUAUCUGUAUUAUUAUUGUCUGUAUUUGCAUUAGGGUAAAGUAACUGCCUUUUGGUUCCAGAGGGUACAGCUACUAUUGGUUCAUUUAAGCUGCUGUAUUUGGAUCCUCUGUCUUAUUGGUUCCCUCCAAAAGGCAGGACUGUGAUUGCCUGAUAUUGUUCCCUCCAAAAUGUAUCCUUUCUUGCUAGUUCCCUGUCCCUAUAAAUGUAGCUUCCUCUCCCCAGUAGUCAGUCUUGUUGCUUUAAUAAAGAAGUGUUACUAGAGAACUGUCUCCAGCAUGUUAUAUCAGGAGAGCUGAAAUCACAAACCCCACGUCACAACAACUGGCGACGAAGGUGGGAUCCGGAAUGCUGAGGAGCGGUUAAACGCAGCCCUGCCUCAGAGUCCGGAUUGCAGCUAAGAACAAGACUCACUGGCCAGCUGAGAAGACGACCCUGCCACAGGACAAUGGAGAGUCCAAGGGUAUUGGAGCCCUUCCAGCCAUCAGAGCCCGACACGUGGGAAGACUACGUCGAACGCUUCGAGUUCUUCGCAGAGGCUCAAGGGAUCACCGAUGCCAGCAAAAGAAGGGCCACAUUCCUGAGCUACUGUGGGCCUGAGACCUUCAAGCUGGCCAAGGCAUUGCUUGCUCCAGCGAAGCUAAGUGAGACAUCUCUCAAAGAUAUUCUUGCCGGCCUGACAAGCCACUUGGCGCCUACUGAGACCAAGAUGGCUCGGCGGAUGGAGUUUCAUAAGAGGCAGCAGCAUGCUGGGAGUCUGUAUCUGCAUUUCUGGCUGAACUGCGGAAGCUCGCUCAGCACUGCGACUUCCAAAAUCUGGAAGAGACUCUCCUGGAUCGGUUUAUCGGUGGUCUGAGCAGCAAGAAGGCCAGAAGACGCAUCGUGGCUAAAGAAGAGGUUACCCUUGCUUCAGCCUUGAAGGAGGCCACCGCCACGGAGAAUUAUGAAAGAGAGGAGCUUGAUGCCAGUCGCAAGGCCCCUAAGCCACAGAUAGAAGUUGCGCAUGCCAUGGACGAGCUAGAGGCUACUCCGAGCCAGAGCCCAGUCCGUGGGGUCGAGUCAGUGAGUCAGGCCUGCACAGUGCACAAAGAUCACCGAGGCAGGUGCCCAGGUUGUGGCGGAAACCAUGAGCGGAAGAGUUGUCGUUUCCGGGAUGCUAUGUGCCGGACGUGCGGGAAGACAGGUCACAUCGCCAGGGUCUGUAGAUCGGCGGCGUUGGGAGCGACAGGAGCACCUAGACCGGAGCAUCGCAGACCGCCCGCAGCAACCCAUUUUCUAAAGGACUGCCACUACGUUACGGAGAUCAACGGGAGGGUCGUGCAGUUUCCAGCACAAGGCAAGGCACACGUCAAGGUGAAGAUUGAGGGUCAGCAGUGCGACAUGGAGGUGGACUCCGGAUCUGGAUUCACUAUCGUGUCGGACCAGACCGCGAGGACAUUCUUCCCCAGGGGUAAGUUGCCCCUCUGGAUCCCUUCCCGGCAACCUUGCAGUCAUACUCAGCGGGCCGCAUCCAUGUUAUGGGAAUGUGUGCCGUGAGAGUACAGUUCCGGGACAAACAGGCUGUACUCAAACUGGUGAUUGCGAAGGGCAGUCGCCCCAGUCUCCUGGGCACUGACUGGUUCCCCGCCCUAGGACUGAGUAUAUCAGGGCUUAAUUCAAUCCAAACCUGCCCUGAGAUGAGCGAGGCAUUAUGCAAAGAAUUUGCUGGUCUCUUUAAUGGAAAACUGGGUUGUUAUAAAGGGCCCCCAGUUGACUUCGAGUUGGACCCUGGGGUGGCCCCAAUCCGACUCAAACCAAGGCGAGUGCCAUUUGCACUGCAACCCAAGAUCGAAGCAGAGCUGGAGAAAUUGGUCAAGCAGGGAGUUCUCUCACCCGUGGACUCUGCUAAGUGGGAGACUCCAAUCGUCACGCCCUUAAAGCAAAUGGGGAAGUCAGGAUCUGUGCAGAUUACAAAUGUACUAUCAAUAAGGCACUCAGGGGAAACUCAUACCCCAUUCCAGUCGUAUCACAUCUGUUGGCUAAACUGGCUGGGGGCAAGGUGUUCGCCAAAAUUGACCUGGCACAAGCUUACCAACAGCUGCCAGUAACCCCACAAUCAGCGGAAGCACAGACUAUUGUCACACAUAAAGGGGCGUUCAGAGUUAACAGAUUACAAUUUGGAGUUUGUGUGGCCCCAGGGAUUUUUCAAGGGCUCAUGGAACACCUGUUAAGAGGUCUGCGGGGGUCUUGCCAUUUUUUGAUGACGUUUUGAUUGCUGGAAAAGACCCACAGGAACUGGUUGCGCGUGUUCGUGCAGUGUUGCUCAAGUUCAAGGAGGUGGGGUUGCAACUGAAAAAGGAAAAAUGCAGUUUUGGGGUGCCAACUGUGGAUUUCUUGGGGUUUAAAAUUGAUGCAUCAGGCAUCCACCCCACAGAUGCUAAGAUUAAGGCCAUCAUCGAGGCGCCACGACCACAGAACAAGACGGAGUUGCAGUCAUUCCUGGGACUUAUUAACUUUUAUCAUUCGUUCUUACCCCAGAAAGCUUCGGUAGCUGAACCAUUACAUAGACUGUUGCAGAAAAAGAAUGUGUGGCGAUGGGGGCAGGGGCAGCAGAAGGCUUUUGACUCCUUGCGAGGAAUGCUGAGUAGCAGGAGUGUCCUUGCUCAUUAUGACGAGUCAAAGCCUCUGGUCCUGGCAUGUGAUGCCUCUCAAUACGGCCUGGGGCGGUGCUAAGUCAUAGGGAACCGGAUGGGUCGGAAAAGCCCAUCUCUUUCUAUUCCCGUACGUUGUCGCCCACGGAGCGCAACUAUGCUCAAAUUGACAAAGAGGCGCUUGCAAUUGUGGCAGGAAUCAAAAAGUUCCAUGAUUAUGUGUACGGUCGCCAUUUCUACAUUGAAACGGACCACAAGCCACUGUUAGGUUGUUCAACCCGAACAAACAAACGCCACAAAUUCUCUCCCCAGAAUGUUACGUUGGUCUAUAUUCCUGAACGGGUUCCAGUACACCUUGACCCAUGUGCCCGGGAAACGGUUGUGCCACGCGGAUGCGCUGAGUCGAUUGCCCCUUCCUGGCGGGAGCACUGAGGAUCCUGCUCCAGCGGAGCACAUAAUGAUGCUGGAAACACUUCCGGGGCUCCUGUAACGGCUACUGAUAUAGCUGAGAAAACGAGGAAAGAUGCUGUUCUCUCCCGUGUGCUCACUUGGGUGGGGAGGGGUGGCCAGGUGGUCCGCAUGAAGACAAAUUCAGGCCUUAUGCGACUAGGCAGCACGAGUUGUCCAUGCAUAAGGGUUGUCUCCUGUGGGGAGAUAGGGUGAUCAUCCCAGCACCACUGAGAAACAGGGUUCUUGAGACGCUUCACAUGGGACACCCGGGAAUGGUCAGGAUGAAGUCGCUAGCCCGAUGUUAUGUGUGGUGGCCUGGAAUGGACCAGAACAUAGAACAAUGGGUACGAACAUGCAAGGCAUGCCAAGAGGUGCGGCCGGAAGUGGCCAGAGCACCAGUCCACUGGUGGGAGCAGUCCAGAUCUCCCUGGAGCCGGCUGCACUUAGAUUUUGCUGGGCCAUUCCAAGGAAAGGUCUUUUUGGUUAUCGUUGAUGCAUAUUCCAAAUGGUUAGAAGUGGCGAUGGUCCCUAGCAUGGCAUCAGCUGCCGUCAUCAAGGUGUUGAGGCAGCUGUUUGCAACCCACGGGUUACCUGAGACCAUUGUAUCAGAUAAUGGGGCAGCUUUUGUAUCCCAAGAAUUCAGGGCAUUCUUGGCUGAUAACUUCAUAAGAGGGGUCACAUCCGCGCCCUUUCACCCAUCCUCCAAUGGGCAGGCUGAGCGCAUGGUAAGAACAGCCAAAGAAUCCAUUGCGCGCUUAAUGGAGGGUAACUGGUCAGCUCGCAUCGCGCGAAUGUUAUUUUUGCAGCAUGCGACGCCGUGUACCGCAACGGGCAAGUCGCCAGCUGAGCUGCUCUUGGGUAGGAGACUGGUAACGGUGCUGGAUUAUGUCCACCCGGAUAAAAUGCCAAACCAUAAUUCAAGAGCAACCCCCCAGGCUGAGACUGACACAACAAGGUAUCUCGCCCCUGAAGAUCUGGUCUGGGUGAGGAACUAUUCACGAGGUUCGCGGUGGGUGGCUGGUGUGGUCACCCGGGCUAGUGGACCUGUGUCCUAUUAUGUGACCUUGGAAAAUGGGCAAGUGUGGAAGAGACAUAUAGAUCAGCUGAGGCGCCGGGCGCUCAGCAGGGAGGAGCCAGAUAAUUCAUCCCUGGCUAACGACGCAGAGCUGCAAGACCAGAGUGAAAAUGGCACAGAGGUGCAAUCACCAGGGGCUUUAACAAAUGAACCAGGGUCUGCUAGUCCUCACGAUGACGAGGUACAGAUAGGGGACCCUGAGAUGUCGGGGACUCCAUCUGUUCCUGACGAAACCCCUAGAGCAGCCCCUCUACCACAGGUAACACCCAAUUCAGAACCUGCAACACCUGUUGUCAGGAGAUCAAGUAGAAGUUGUAGGCCCCACAGUACCUGAGAGAUUACGUCUGCUGUGCUCACUAGGGGGGAAGGGGUGUUGUGUAUUGAGUCAAAGGAUUUUAUAUCUGUAUUAUUAUUGUCUGUAUUUGCAUUAGGGUAAAGUAACUGCCUUUUGGUUCCAGAGGGUACAGCUACUAUUGGUUCAUUUAAGCUGCUGUAUUUGGAUCCUCUGUCUUAUUGGUUCCCUCCAAAAGGCAGGACUGUGAUUGCCUGAUAUUGUUCCCUCCAAAAUGUAUCCUUUCUUGCUAGUUCCCUGUCCCUAUAAAUGUAGCUUUCCUCUCCCCAGUCGUCAGUCUUGUUGCUUUAAUAAAGAAGUGUUACUAGAGAACUGUCUCCAGCAUGUUAUAUCAGGAGAGCUGAAAUCACAAACCCCACGUCACAACAGAUUUUACAUUGAUAAAGCUAUGCUCAUGGGCUGUUCGGUUGCAUGUGCAGAGUUCGAAACAUUUAGCACCUUUCUGGACUGGGCUUUACGUUAUAGAACUGGUUUGUUAGGGGUUCUUCAUUAUCUAGAUGAUUUUUUAUUGAUUGGGAAAUCAAAUAAUUCUGAAUGUGCUUCUCUUUUAGAGGCUUUUAUUUUCUUGACGCAGGAGCUGGGAGUCCCCUUGGCAGCUGACAAAACAGAGGGCCCAGUUACAACGCUCACCUUUCUUGGUAUUCAAUUAGACACCAUUGCCCAAUCAUCCCGUCUGCCCCUGGAUAAGCUGGUUGCCCUUAAGGAAUUUAUUUUGCAAAUUCUCCCCCUCAGGAAGGUCACCCUCAGGCAGAUCCAGUCUCUCCUGGGACACCUUAACUUUGCCUGCAGGGUAGCAUCCCCAGGGCGACCUUUCUGUGCCCGCCUGGCUAGGUUAUCUGUGUGCCUUAGGUCCCCACAUGACAGGGUCCACCUGCCCAAGUCUGUCAAGGCAGAUUUGGAGAUUUGGCUCAGGUUUCUAGAAAAUUACAAUGGGAUCUCCCUAUGGCAGGACAACCUUAAACUGUUUUCAGACUUUCAGGUCCAGUCAGAUGCCACAGGGUCCCUCGGCUUUGGAGUUUACUUUAGGGGGCGAUGGUGUGCUCAGCGUUGGCCUGAAAGCUGGCAGGGCGAGGCCAUCACUCGGGACCUUACCUUUCUUGCAUUUUUUUCCCAUAGUGUUGGCUGCGCACCUUUGGACUAAUGAAUUUCGUGAUCGCCGGGUGUGCUUUAGGACAGACAAUCAAGCAGUGGUGAACAUCCUGGCCAAACAGUCUUCGCGUUCCGAGAGGGUUUCUGGUUUGCUUCACGCAUUCGUGCUGCUGUGCCUCAAAUUUAAUAUUAUUUUCUCUGCCAAAUUCAUCCCAGGCGUUAAUAAUGACAUAGCGGACUCUUUAUCUCGAUUUCAGAUUAACCACUUCCAGUCAUUAGCACCUCAGGCUCACCUGCUGCCAGAACCUUUCCCGGACCACCUUUGGAACCUUGGAAGCGUGUAGUUAUCAAGGGAGUAUUGGCCUCUGUGGCACCUUCCACUCUCAGGUUGUAUAAAAAAGCCUGGUGUGAUUUCUUGGAAUUUCAGUUUAAGGAGAUAGCUCUCACGCAUGGUAUUCCGCCCACUCCUGAUCAUGUUCUACAAUACUUGGCACAUCUGCAUAACUUAGGGCGUGCUGCAAAAACUUUAAAAAUUCACAUUGCUACAAUUACGUUCUUUAGCAAAUCAACAUUUUCAUUUGACCCUUGCACAGACUUUAUUGUCCAUAGUGCAAUUGAGGGGUGGAGCAGGCUUCAACCCUCAAAAAAGGAUGGCAGAAGGCCAAUAACUUUUGGCGUUCUCUGUUUGAUACGCAGAAAACUUAGGUCCAUUUGUUGGUCAAAAUAUGAAGCACGCUUAUUUUCCGCUGCCUAUGCUGUUGCUUUCUUUGGAGCCUUGAGAGUGGGGAGGUUGUUGCAGAAACCCAAUCAAAUAGUACCUCAUGGGGCCUGCUGUUAGAAGACAUUCAGUUAUCUAGUUCUGAGUUGGUAUUGCACAUUCAGCGGUCAAAAAUGGACCAGAGCGGCAGGGGUGCCUUGAUCAAGCUAGCAGCAUCCAAACAUCAGGGCCCCUGCCCAGUAAAAAACAUCAGGCGGUAUUUGAGGCUUAGAUCUGCCCGUGUGGGCCCUUUAUUCAUACAUGAAGAUGGUUCCUGCUUGAUGAGAUACCAGUUCCCGCGUGUCUUACGUAAGGCAAUUGAUGCCUGUGAUUUCCCAGCCAAUGAAUACGCUGCACACUCUUUUAGGAUUGGAGCGGCCACAAUGGCGUCCCAUUUAGGCCUCCCAACAGAUAGGAUCAAGGAACUAGGUCGCUAGAAGUCAAAUGCUUAUAAGGGAUACAUUCGCAAGAAUCAGUAAUUCUCAACUGCUGACCUGUAUUUUCAAAAUCCAUAGUGCUCAACCCUUAUCUGUCUUUUCAUUUUCUUAUUUUCCAGCUUCUCCAGGUCUCCAAAUUUGGAUCUGUGGUCAUAGCAUUGUUCAUUGGGCCCGUGUGCGCGUGGUCAAGUGUGGCAUCGGCAAUGACCUUGGUCUGCCAUCAGGUGUUCGUGUUUCCUGGAUUUUAAGACGUGGCAUGCGUUGGGAAGAGUUUAUGCCAGUAGUGAAGGCAAAUGCAGCAUCUUUUGGUCCUCCCGACAUCUUGAUUAUCCAGCUAGGGGAGAAUGACCUUGCCUUCAGGAAGAGCGUGGACUUGUUUUUCCACAUUAAGAAGGACUUUGAUGAACUGGCUGUAUUAUUCCCAGAAACAACUGUGUUUUGGUCCUUCCUUCUAAAAAGAAGGGUGUGGUGUAGCAGUCAUAACCCUAUAGCCAUUGACAAAUCCAGGAAACUUCUGAAUCGUGCGGUGGCCCGCAGUAUAUAGGAAUGGCCAUGUGAUUGCACAUCCUGACAUCCGAUUCAGCGAUGUGUUUCUGUUUCGUGAUGAUGGCGUCCAUCUUUCCGAUCAAGGAAAUGAUGUGUGGUUGGCAGACGUCAUCAGAAGUAUUAGGAAUUAGUUGCAGCAGUGAGGGUAUUGGCGGGGAGCCUUUUGGCUCAGGUCGUGGUUAGGCAUUGGAAUAUGUGUGUUGUGUUGGAGGAUUGGUUAUGCGCCAUCAUCUACCCCUCCUCUUUUGGGUAUUGCGUUAAAGGAAUCCAGAGGAUGUGGAUCCUGUCCAAUGCCCUGCUAGUGGCUAGGGCCAUGGCACGACCCCCAGUGAUGUCACAGGGGAGCUUCCAGUUGUAUUUACAUCAACAAGCUCCUCCUAUUGGUUGUUAACCCCGAUAUAACUCCCGGCUGUGCGGGGUGGAGUCUUGUAUUGCUGUUUCAUCCAAUGCUUAAGCCAAUACUACUCAUAUACUGUAACCAAUAAAAGUUGUGGCCUAAUUUUGCCCAUUAACCUAAAAUAAUGUGUCUGUGUGUCUUAUUAUAAUCCUAUGCGGGUGGAGGGUCCUCAACUCACAAAGUCUUAUUCCAGAGGACCUCAUCUUACCCCAAGGGUCAUAAACUUUGCAAGAGUGCCAAAACUCUGACCUGAGCGGAUUUGAAAAAGUAGUUUGAUGGGAGAACUUAUUUGAACUACAAUAUAAAAUUGCCUCACAAACAUUUUAGAUGGAGGAAGCGUUCGAUUCCUAGUGAAUGACAAUGAUUAAUCAGAAUUCAAGCCCAUGCCAGCCUAUAGGAAAAAAGCUGCACCUUCAUACUGCAUGCCAGUUCAAGGAAGCAAAGUUUGAUAAGAGACAAGUGCACCCAGAAUGUAUUCCUUGCAUUGUUUGACACACAUUCUCCUCCCUGUCGUUCACUGAGCAAACACGAUCACAUGAAAAAAUCACAGAUUCCAUCAUUUACAGCUUAUAAGAAUACGUAAAUAAGAAUGGUUCUUUGUGCUCUUCCAAGAGUUUAGCAGCACCCAUUCUUUGGAUCUCAAACUGUAACCAGACUCUGAUAUUGAUAAACCAUCACAAUAUAAUUUAGUACAGGUUGAGUCACCCAGUCCUAUUCUCAGCAAGCAGUAGGUGUGCCAGGAUCCAUCUCUGCUUUCAAAAUAAAAACUGUCUCUGCCUCUUCUAAGUCUUAAGGGUAUGGAUGAGUAGAAAGGUGUAUCACAAAAUCUGAAGAUGUGUAAAUUUUGAUGGAUGAACUUUAGCUGUGUUUCUCUUCACAGACUGAGGAAGUUGAAAUUAGGUGGACUUGCAUUAAAACAUUAUUCAGAUUUCUCCCCAUUCCUGCUCUGGAGUACUAUUACUGUCCGCCUGGCAACUAAAGCAGAUGGAUAAAGGACCCAGGAAACCAACAUCUAUCAGCCAGGAAUGGCUUGUAAGGACUCUGAAACAUCUAUCACUCCAGCGUAUGAAGUCAGUAUCAUUUAUUAGGAAACACAACUGAGAUUUGCCAUCCUUUGAAAUAAAAAAAACCCUGCAACCAUAAAAUAAACUACGAUUUCACAAUCUCAGGGGUGCUGUAUAAAAAAAACCCGUGAUUUCGUGGGGGGGAGAGCUGAGGUAGGGGGAGUUAGACAAAGUUGUGGAGCUGCCCAAGCCUAAGACAUUGAAAGUGGUUUGCGUGGGCAGGUGGAGCCCCCCAACCCCAGGCGACCCCCGAGCGGAAUAAUGACUCAAGACAACGUGCCAUGGGAUUAAAAUUGGCCACAACUUUAUUAAGUUUCUGAUGUAGGGAGACCUCGGCUUAGGCAUUGGCCGUUUAUCCUUCCCAGUCCCCAGCCGGGGAUCUGGGAGACUUCAGGGUUAUCCAGAAUGUGUGGGGGUUGGGCUGGCUCUGGAGAACAUAUGUUCAAGCAGAGAGCCCAUCCCCCGUUUCACCGCCGUUGGAGGGGAGAGCAAUGAGAACCUCUUGGUGUAUGGCCAAUGCCUCCCCUCAAGACCCCUUUAACGGGGAACCCUGGUAUCACUGCCACAAGGGGGGUGUGGGUCACCGCUUCACGCCCCCCCCCCAUUUAGGAAGAUAGACUAAAGGAUUCUGCCCAAGGCCUGAAACCGCCACCCAAGGCCGCAAAAUCGCGGUCUCGCCGCCACUGCUGCUUUGGAGGUAAGAUUCACCUUCUGUUGUGUGGGCAGGAUGGUCCUUACCUGGCCAAUCCCCUGGCAACGCCUCCCCAGGCGGGAUUGGGCAAUUGGCUGAGGUAGGCGGAGACCUCCAGGUAUCCAGCCUAGGGGGGAUGAAGCCAGCCCAAACUACCAGGAGUCGCACUGGGAUCCGGGGUCUGCGCGUGACCAUGCAAAAGGCGCCACAAUUUGAUGUCGGGAGUGGUCAUUGCAGGAUAAAUUUGGACAGUUUAGCAAGGAGAACACAGGAAGACAUCAAGUGCAUUUUUUAUGCAAAGGUAUUCCUGAAAACAUUAGCUUUAGAUGAUAAACAAAAACAAAAUGAGCCAUUUCUGCAUGUGGCAUUGUUUACUGGGAAAUAGCUUUCAUGGAAUUCUGACUAUAAAGACUGGGAGCUGUCCAUCUUGAUGUGGACUCUGAAAAUUCCUCAAAAUCUUUGAAGGGUGGGAAAGAUUGCUGCCAAUCUGUUGGAUCUGAAAGUUUAUUCUUGGACAUGAGUCAUGUUUGAUCUCAGAUAAGCUGUGCACAAAUGAAAAAGGUUUCUACUUUUCUUGGAUAGAUUUCUAAAACAAUCCAUGCUAAUUAUUUAGUAAGUUUUAUUAAAACAAAUAGGGAUUAUUUUGGAGUUAAAGUUGGUGUUAUUGGGGUGUAAGUCAGUGCAGGCAUGUGUGUACAAAUAGACAUCCAUUGGUGAAUCUCAGGUCUCUCUUACCAUUUGAGCCCAUUUUCUACUAGUGGACCUGAGCAGACGUAAUACUGCUUUUAUUUCUUAAACGGACGAAGACCACUAUUGAUAUUGGCUGUUGCUUGUGUAAAGAAACAAGUUCUCCCCCUGUUAUUCUUUACAUUAUCUGCCUCUAUGCACCUGUGUUACCUUUCUUUUCUUGCAUAACAUGCCAGGAAUGAUUUACUAAGGAGGAGCCAUCGGCUUAAUCCAACCCUUAUUAUCUAACAGAACUCUAUAAAGCAAUCUCCUACAGAGCUCUGAACUUGAGCCUUGAAAAGCUGAAAUACUCCAAGCUGCAAAAGAGAUCGCUCUCUCCCUCUCUCUUGCACACUUUUUGACUCUAAAAACAAAAGGUAGGUAAGUUUUCUUGUAAUUUAAACUUUCCAGGGAAAAGCAGGACUACUAAAUGACAAACAACUAAUCUACUCUUUCAUGCAUGAGUCCCGAGGGGCAACAAGAUGCAUGAAAACUCUUGUCACAGUUCAUAUUCUUUUCUGGUGUCACACAGAGUGCACCACUUGUGCUACCAGAGAUUAAAAGUUUUUUAAGGGGACUGAAUGUGAACUCCAAUUGUGCAAGCAGAACCCUGCUCAUUUACGGUAUAUAUUGGAAAAUCAACCCGAGUAUUUUACUUGUUACUAUUUUGUAUAUAUAAUGUUUUCCACUAAAAGAUUGUUGCAUUUCUUAGCGAUGACACACAAGACUUAUAUAGAGAAUUAAAGUGAUUUUCAGGCUUCUUGGCACUUUAUUUCUUUAUCAAUUAUAAGCAACUGACUAUUGUUAUUUCUUUUAUUUACUUUAUAAGCCAUCCUUUCAUCUAAAAUAUCACAAGGUGCUAUAUCUCGAUUUGGUGCAUCAUAUUAUAUAUUAUGAACUGAAAUGUUCCAACAGGUAUAAAAGACAAGCAACACACUGGCGACAACUUUGGUUUCCUCAGCACCCAACCCAAUGGAGCCUUGAACUUUCUCCCAUAACAACUCCCCGGCUCCUUAUACCAUGCACUGAGCCCACACUUACAAGUGCCUUCCUUGUCAGACGCUAUGUGAGAGGAGAGAAAUUGGCGCAGGGAGGAGACAAAAAGAACGGGCUAUUUUGGCAGUGGUUGUCUCAGUACUGGAACGCCUGCCCAAUAGGGCCCAUUGUAUGUGUAGCCAACUCUCUGUAUUAUCAUAGAUGAAGCUGAGGGCAGCAUUCCCUCCAUGGAACGUCCUUGGGCACCACAUUUCAGCAGCAGUUUCAGUCAGAGCUGGCAAUGGAAGCCAGAUGGGCAUUGAGCAAUAUCUUUCUCUUUACCACCCUGUCUCUCUUUCCCCUCUUCGACAUCCAUUCAACCUCAAACAUACACAGAGCAAUGUGUCCACUUCAUCCAGCAUCCACUCAUUUUGCAAACACACACACAUGCAUGCGCUGUCUGUCGUCGAGAGAGUAGAACAGAAACAAUCUCUCCUAUGACCCCAGGAACAGUCAGAGGCUAACACUGAAAGGAAAACUGGUUUUGCCCCAGGCAGGCAAGAAAAUAUGUCAUCCCAAUUUCUUGAAGCGGAUCAAGAACUCAGGAGGAAUUGGCAAGAGUUCCCAACAGACUUCAGUCUUUCAUUUCCCCUGGAUCCAUUUACAGGGAGCAGUUUUUUGCUUCCUUCCCACCUCCCCUGAGUACAAGAAUGAGUGUCAGGAUGGCAGCACUGACCAAACUAUGAUGCCAGGCAGCAUAAAGUGAGGCCAAGGGCUGCUAUUUUGCAUGCUGCACACAUGCACUUGAGAAAUAACUGUGUCAGGGUGAAAGAGAAAAGCUUUAUUGUGCAGGGGAAAGCCAGCUUUGAGUUGAAAGCAGCACCAUUAACAAAAACAAAAACAGACAUAAAGUAGGAGGAAAAGAAUGCUUUGUUGCCUCAGUGAUGAGCCCAAUCUCUGUUCUAAGGUCUAAAUGAUGGACCUUUAUGUUGCUCACCUGUGAUGGAAGAGAAGCAUGGGAUUCUGCUAUGAGAUCUGCAAAAAGAGUAGGAUUUGACAAAAUGACACCUCUAUUUCUUUGUGAUUUCCCGUUGUUGCAUAAUAGAGGUAACUGUUCUCUUCUCUUUAUUCUUAUACAGGCAAUGGAACCAGAUGAAAAAUAUGUUUUCAAAUACAAAGGAUUUUAUUUCCAGCCAGAUUUGGUUUCAGUGGAGUACUUGGAUACCCUGGAGGAUUUUGAAAUAAGAGACAGUGAUGUAUUUUUAGUCACUUAUCCAAAGUCAGGUAAGAGUGCAUUUUCAUAGGACGAACUAUGAUUGCUAUUCAACCAUGAUGGAUACCCACAUAUAUGUAAAUAGUAUCCAUAUUAUACUAAGGCGAGUUUAAAACCAAAUGCAAAAUUGAAGUGAAUAUGGGUAGUGUAGAACUUACCUGGUUACAUAAAGAAGAACCGGGUCAUGUUUGUUUGUUUUUUAAAAAUAGGAAAUAAUUGUUUUCCACCGGUGUCAACCUGUUUGAGGUUUUGAAAACAACAUAAAUACACAUCAAAAACAUUCAAAUUUGCUUGCUAAGGGUUUAUUGUAUUUACUGACUUUCAGGAUUUUGUAUGUGGUUGUAAAAUAGUGUUUGUAAAAUUCUAUUCUUAAAAAGCUUUCAUCCCAUGACUCUUUAUUUCAGCAUUUAUCUGAAAUAUCUGCCACAACUUUGCCAGUAUCAGGGGGGCCGUAUCCAAUGCAGUUGUGCCCCACAUGCAAUAACUUCCAGUUCCCCACCAGAACUUCCUUCACUCUUCUUUGGAGUAUUUUGGAGAACCAGACAACCUUUUUUUUAUUAUUCCCUGGACUUUGACAAUCAUUUGUAUAAUGUGCUGCGAAGAAUCUGGAAUAGAGCUUUUGGUAGCUUUCUGAAAAUUAAGGGAACUUAUUUGCCAGUUUUGUUCUAUCUUCCCAAAUCCUCAAAUUCUAUGAAGCCUUUAGCUGAACUUCGCCUUUCUCAUCCAAAAUGGAAAGGAAGCCUUGGUCACUCUUCCUCAAUCACCCAUUGCUGCCCUUAUUGCAGUGGUGGUCUGUGUGACACCAAACUUUAGUGCCCCCCCACCUCCCACUUUCUAUUUUAUAUCAUAGUGGUGGCAACCUGUGCAGCCAGAUCCCUGAAUCUGCCUCUGCUUGCUGUGUUUCCCAUGACUUCCUUCCUCUCCCUCAUUUCUUUUCUUUAACAGUGUUGCAAUUCAACAGUAAGGUCCUCGAUGCUGAGACAUGUUGUUCUCAGUUAUUUCACUCUGCAAAGUACUAAGUACAUUCAUGAAAAUGAAAGAAUGAAAUAGGCUUAUUCUCGUUUAUAGGCACAAUAUGGACCCAAAAUAUUUUGAGCUUGAUUUAUCAUGAAGGUCACCGAGAUGGAACCGAAAAAGUCGACUUACUAGACAGGGCUCCGUGGCUGGAGUACAAUAUACGCAAUGUGGAUUACGACAGUCGCCCAUCACCUCGCCUCUUUGCUUCCCAUCUUCCCUACUAUUUAGUACCCAAAGGAUUAAGGAACAGAAGAGCAAAAGUAGGAAACAGCACAUUUAUUAUUUGAUAAAAUUAAACGUUUGUCUUGCUUAUUUAAAUGAUCACCUCAGUUUCCGUUAACAUUUCUCCAUUUUUGAAGGCAGUUCAUCAAGCUGCAAUUCCUUUCUCCAUAUGAAUGAAUAAUGCUCUGUGCACCCUGAGCUUGGAAUAAUUCCCAUGACUCCUAAACAGCAAAGAUUUUAUGCUCCAUCUUAGUAAAUGUCUUGGAGGAUGCCAUCCAACACACAUAAUAAGAAUAAGUUCAUUCAACACCAUAGGAUUGCUCUGUGCGUGUGACAUGCAUGUUCCAAAAGAGUAGGAGGCUGCCAGGGAUAUAAAGCAACUGGGAAGCACCAAGAAUCCACAAGAAGAGAUAUCUGAGAUCCAUCCAUUUAUUAUUUUAGGCAUAUAUAUCCCUCUUCAACAACUUGGGUCCAGACACAUUUCACAACCACAGAAAUAACUACAGAAGCAAAACAAAAGAGACAGUAGAAACAAUAUGAUCAGCAAUAGAAUGGAAUUGGUUGUUAUUCCUGCAGGUUGUUUAUGUGGCCAGAAACCCAAAGGAUGUCAUGGUUUCCUUUUACCAUUUUUCCAAAAUGGCAGUCAAAUUUGAAGAGGUAGAAGAUUUUGGAAUUUUCAUGGAGAGGUUUUUGGCUGGAAAAGGUAAGGAAGAUUUGCUAUUCUAAAAUGAAUCACUCUUGUCCCUUCAUCUUUAUCCUCCUUUGACAACAGAUUAAAGAAAUUCUCUUUGUGAUAAGGAACGUUUUCACAAUGCCAUGUCUGAUGCUAUAGGUUACUCUGAGGAAAUUCCACAUCCAUGCAUCACAAAGAGUCUCCAACUGAGACUCCAACUACACCAUUUUAUGCCACUGAUGACUAGUGUCCAUUGAUGCAAAAGGUAGGGAAUAGAUCUAGCCAACGCCCAAAGGAAAUCAGGUGGAUUUAUAUUCUCUUUGCAUCAGGAUGCAGCAGCUACAAAUCAUUACAAGGUGCAGCCCCUAAUCCUUAAUCAAGUGUAGAGAUUUGUGUCAGGUAAUAACUAAGAAACCCUGACACGGUCUCUUAAAUGUUGCAAGUAUUAACUGCCACACCAUAUAAGGAAACUGGCAGUGUGGGAAGGAAGGGGGCUGGAGGAAGGCUAGACUGAUCUCAGCCCACCCAUCACUCUUCCAUCACACUGGGAUGGGAAGCACAGCAGGGAGCCUUAAAAUGCAGAACUCUUCUGCAAAUUCUUUCUCUGAGAAAGUGUUUGGUGAGGUUGGGUGGUAUUAAUUCAACUUCUGUUUAAUGGUUUGUACCACUGCUGGUUCUUAAUAGGAUUCCUUUAAAUUGUGUUGAUGGUGUUUAUACGUUUGUACUGCUUCUCUCUGAAUGUUUUUCAAAAAAAAUAAUCACCUGAUCUACAUUUUAUGCCAACUCAACUUCUUUCUCAUCAGUACUUGCAAGUUUAUGGCUGGACCAUGUGGAAGGCUGGUACACUCACAAGGAUGACUUCAAUAUUCUGUUUCUUACCUAUGAGGAAAUGAAGAAGGUAAGUUAUCAAAAUGCUAUGCAGUCUGAUAUUAAGCAUCCAUCAAAACUCUCCUUUACAAAAUGGAGGAAGGAAGCAAUAUGAUCGUUCAAGUGCCCCCUUGCUAGUUUCAUUUCCUUUCUAAAGUUUUUUUUAAAAAGAUUAGUGGGCCAUGGAAUCAGGAGCACCUUUUCAGACCCUAGACGGUGAAUAUUGUUCUGUAACUAUUUCCCCACGCUAUAAAUAAAGUGUCAUGAUCCCAAGCAAGAUAUGUCAUUUCACAGGCCCUCUGAUGCUGAGGAGGGAUGUCACAGAACCCCCAUUGUGUCUGCAACAGGAACAUUUAUUUAUUUACUUGUGGACUCAGAGCUGCCCCAGAAUAUAAUACAUUCCGCAUGGCUCAUGGAAUAAAAGCAACAAUGAAAGUAUAAUAUAAUGCAAUGCCAAUUAUUCCAAACUAGGCAAAGAAAGAUCCAGGCUGCUUGUUUCCCCUGCUUCUAAUCCUGCCUACUCCAUGAGUUUUAGUCGCUAGGCUGUCAGGUUUCUCUAUUGUAAAUGGACUGACAUUAAAACCACGUUCCAUUUCAGGAUCUGAGAAGCUGUGUAUUGAAAUUAUGCAACUUCCUGGGAAAGAGACUGACUGAAAAGGAGGUGGAUGCUGUUGUGGAUCAGGCUACAUUUAAUAAAAUGAAAGCAGAUCCCAGGGCAAACUAUGAGUUCAUGCCACUGGAUAUCCUGGACCACAGCAAAGGACCUUUUCUUCGCAAAGGUAACUCAGUGGCAGUCGAACUGAAUUGGCGGUGCUUGCAAAAUCUCAAACCUUUGAUAGGCACCAAGAGAUGGUGAUUUCAUUUUCCCAGUCUUCAUGAAACUCUCAGUUUCUGGUGUUUCCUAAUUUUAGAGUUGUUCUAUUAUGUACUUCCCAUGUUGUUUUUUCCUUGUUCUAAAUAUGUAUAUUUAAGGGUGGCAUAUUUGUCUUUCCAAUCUAGAGUGUGGAAUUUUUUUCACACUGAGGGACAUAUACCCAGCUAGGGAUGGAAUAUAUCUGGAGUUAUGGAUAUUUAUUUGACCACCACAAUGCACGUUCUUUCUGUCUGCUUCCUGGGCCAGGCACUGUUGGAGACUGGAAGAACAUGAUGACAGUCGCACAAAGUGAAAGAUUUGACAGUGUUUUUAAGAAGAGAAUGGAAAAGCUGCCCUUCAAGUUCUGCUGGGACAUCAAUGAGGAAUCAUGA